CCCCCUGGCCUCGGGCCAGGGCCACGCUCAGGCUCGAGCAGCCCUCCCGCAGAGCAGCCCUUGUGGAAGGCAGGGCCCGGCUGCCACACGCCGUCUGUCCGCACACCCACCUGCCCGCUUAACUGCCCGCCGUUCGCCUGCCCACCUGUCUGCCCAGCGCUAACCCGCCUCUGUCCGGUGGUCUGUCUGACCAGCCUUCUCUUGCCGGCCUCUCUCCAGCUGUCUGCCUCCUGUCCGUCCGUGUGUCUGUCUCUGGCUGCAUCUCUUUAUCCGGUCAAUCAUCUGGGAGUCCAUCUGGGUGUUGCCUGGUCCAUCCAACCACACAGCUGUCUGUGUAUCUGUCUGUCCGCUGGCCUGUCUGCCCACCUGCCUCCCUCCCCCCACCCCCAGGGCUGCAGAGCCAUGGCCCCCGGCCGGGGGGCCGCCUUCGGCCUGGUGCUGCUGGGGCUGGGGCUGGCCCUGGCCAUCAUCGUGCCCGCCGUGGUCCUCUCCCGCCACCACGCCCCCUGCGGCCCCCAGGCCUUUGCCCACGCUGCGGUCGCCGCCGACUCCAAGGUCUGCUCAGACAUUGGACGAGCCAUCCUGCAGCAGCAGGGCUCGCCCGUGGACGCCGCCAUCGCUGCGCUGGUCUGCACCGGCGUCGUCAACCCCCAGAGCAUGGGCCUGGGCGGAGGCGUCAUCUUCACCAUCUACAACGCGAGCACAGGGCAGGUGGAGGUCAUCAAUGCCAGGGAGACGGUGCCCGCCCGCCCUGCCCCGGGGCUGCUGGACCAGUGUGAGCAGGCGCUACCUCUGGGCACAGGCGCCCAGUGGGCCGGGGUGCCGGGGGAACUGCGGGGCUACGCCGAGGCCCACCGCCGCCACGGCCGCCUGCCCUGGGCGCGGCUGUUCGAGCCCACCAUCGCGCUGCUCCGCGGGGACCACCGCGUACCCCUCGUCCUCAGCCAGUUCCUCAGCCACAGAUUCCUGCGCCCCUUCCUGGCUGCCUCCUCCCUGAAGCAGCUCUUCUUCAACGGGACGGAGCCCCUGCAGCACCAGGACCCGUUGCCCUGGCCCGCGCUGGCGGCCACGCUGGAGACGGUGGCCAGGGAGGGCGCGGAGGCCUUCUACUCGGGGCAGCUGGGCCGGACGCUGCUGGAGGACAUCGCCCGGGAAGGCAGCCAGCUGACCAUGCAGGACCUGGCCUCCUUCCAGCCCGAGGUGGUGGCCGCCCUGGCCAUGCCCCUGGGGGACUACACCCUGUACUCCCCGCCGCCGCCUGCGGGGGGCGCAAUUCUCAGCCUCAUCCUCAACGUGCUCAAAGGGUUCAACUUCUCUGCGGAGUCGGUGGCCGGGCCUGAGGGGAACGUGACCUUGUACCAUCAGCUUGUGGAAACGUUCAAGUUUGCCGGGGGGCUGCGGUGGCGGCUGUGGGACCCGCGGAGCCACCCGGACGUCCAGAACGCCUCCCGGGACCUGCUGGGAGAGGCGCUGGCCCAGCACAUCCGCCAGCAGAUCGACGCCCGGGGCGACCACCCGCUCAGCCGCUACAGCCUGGCCGGGGCCUGGGGCCACGGGACGGGCACCGCCCACGUGUCUGUGCUGGGGGCCGACGGCAGCGCCGUGGCUGCCACCAGCACCAUCAACACGCCCUUUGGGGCGAUGGUGUACUCGCCUCGCACGGGCAUCCUCCUCAACAACGAGCUCCUGGACCUGUGCUGGCGGCGCCGGCCCGGCGCCCAGGGAACCCCUCCGCCUGUUCCAGGGGAGCGGCCCCCCUCCUCCAUGGUCCCCUCCAUCUUGGUCAACACGGCCCAGGGGUCGAAGCUGGUGAUCGGCGGGGCCGGCGGGGAGCUCAUCAUCUCCGCUGUGGUCCAGGUCAUCGUGAACAAACUGUGGCUGGGCUUGGACCUGGGCGCAGCCGUCGCGGCCCGCAUCCUGCACGUGAACGACAAGGGGCAGGUGGAGUUCGAGCCCCACUUCCCCGAGGAAGUGAAGCGGGGGCUGGAGCGCCGGGGCCAGAAGCAGGCGGGGCGGCCGUUCUUCCUGAACGUGGUGCAGGCCGUGUUCCAGGACGGGGCCUGCGUGCAGGCCGCCUCGGACCCCAGGAAGCAGGGGGAGGCCGCCGGCUACUGAGGCGGCUGCUCCCCAGAGCCAGGAUCUGCCCGACCUCGGCCUGUGGUGGGUCAGGGCGUGACUGACCCCUGGCCGGGGAGCCAGUGGGGGUGAAGAGGCGGGGCAGCCUGGCAGAGGGGCCUGCGCUGGCCCCCUGGGCUGCCGGUGGCCCUGCGUGUCCCUCCAGCUUCUCCAGCCCCUCCCCCAACCCCCCUCCCCAUCAGUGCAUCCUCCAGUUCAAGGUGAAAGAGGAGGUGCCCGCCGCAUUCGGGGAGGGAGGGGACCCUCAGGAAGCAGACGCACGGGUUCCCACCGUCCUUUGCACCAGCAUAGACGUGGGGAAACUGAGGCCCGAGGCCCAGUGGCAGUUGGGCCCAUCCAGGCCUCCCCUGGGCAGAAGCAGUGCCCCCCGCCCCCCUCCCCACUUGCUGGAGCUCUGACGUGGGGCCACCUGGGCCCCCUGUUGUGGGAAAGGAAGGCAGGGGUGCGGCCUGGGCCCUGGCCAAGGCCUGUCUCUGCCUCUCGUCUUAUGGGCCAGGAAAGUGUUGGCCACUGUGAGACCUGUGACCCUGGCCCAGCCCCAGCAGCCCAUGCUCUCACCCCUGGCACCGCUGGCACUUGGGGUGACGCACUCUGUGUGGUGGGGCUGUCCCCGCAGCACCCCUGGCCUCCCCCACUAGAUGCAGCAGCACCCCCUCCCCCAACAACCAGCCCCCAAUCGCCCCCAGGUGAGAACCGCUCAUCUGGACCCAGGAGCCCCAACCACCGUGACUGGCUUUGCCAGCUGCUGGCAGGGCUGCCCUGGCCUGGGGGUCCCGCCCCUCCUCGUUCCUGAGAGCAUCGGGGUCCCCCUCCCCCUGGCAGGGCCCCCCCGAGUCCCGCCUCCCACUCCGCCUGGCGCUGGGCCAAGCAGGAUGCACUCCCUGUGCCCAGACACAAAACACCACACACAGGCCUCCAGCGCGGAAACCGAGGGGGGCGAGGGCUGUGGUCAAUGUCACUGGGCAGAGGGCAGGAUGCGGGCAGGGCCGCCUUCCCCCAGGACCAGGACGGGGCGUCUUUGUGGACUGUUCUCUGUUUUUUAAUUUUUUAUCGAUUUCAGAGAGAGAGAGGGAGAGAGAGAGAGAAACACGGAUGGAUUGCCUCACAUCAGGGAUGGAACCUGAAACCUAGAUAUGUGGCUGGGAAUCGAACCCACCACCUCUCUGUGUACCGGACAACACGCCAAACCACCGUGCCACACCGGCCAGGCCAAGGCCCCCUCUCCUCCGGCUCCCACCUGGGCGCUCCCGUGGCUUCUCCUGUGCUCAGCCCUCCCUGUGUCACUGGUCCCAGCGGCAAUAAACGGUCCCUCGGUCACCUGGA